AAAUGCCCUAUUCGGAAGGCAUCUCCGAAUCUGAACUGACGGUUGAUUUGCGUCGUCGAAUAACCGAAUUGGAGACUCAGUUAUCCAGUGUGGAAUCGGAGAAACGAGCACUUGAGGAAAAAAUAGAAGCGUUAGAAAUGAAGGGCGCCUACGAUCCGGCGGCGACGAAAGUCCUCACAUUACGCGAUAACCCCUUUGCCAAUACACAAGAGAACUUAUUCACCGAAGUGACCAACUUGCGUCAAGACAACGAACGGUUUAGACAACGUAUCAAGGUACUGGAAGACUGUAUCAGUCGGUUACGACAAGUCAAAUCAGAACAAGCACAGUCCGCUUAUGUCGAUGAACCAACCGUGGGGCUGGGCAGUGUGACGAUGCUCGUCAAUGACCGCUUAAAAGAUAAUCCGGAUCCGUUAACAGAGCUUGCUGAGGUUCGUGAACAGCUCCGAGUAGAACAGUCCCGCAGUGAUCGUCUUAUGGAAAUGUUCCACAAAGCGAGCGCAAAAUAUCGUGCGUAUUGUCGCGAUCUGCUCGGUUAUCGCGUGGAUGUGAGCUCUUCGGAUGAAUGCAAGAUCCGCUCCGUCUUCGCUUCCGAUGCAAAUGAGUUCAUUUUAUUCAGGCGGAACAGCGAUAAUGCACUGGAACUAGUGGACAAUCACUACACUCGUGCACUACCCAACGAGGUACGGUCGUUCGUCGAAGCGCAGCGCAACAUUCCAGGAUUUUUUGCAGCUUUAACGCUUUCUUAUCUGCAUCAGGACACCAUGUUAAUGUGAUGCUUUGUUUGUAUUUUUGUGUAUCCAGUCCUUAUUUUGUAUAUAGAUUCAAAAAUUUGUAUAUAAAUUCAUCCACUUUCUAC